AUGCACGCCUUCCGGACGACAAGAACACUCGACGAGUUGGACGAAUUCGUCAACUGGGGCGACAGUGUGAACGUCAAUGCCAACGACGCCUUGGACAAUGUCAACAGCACAGCCGACACCAAUAACGACGCAUUCUUCCCGCCCUUUGAGAUUGAUCCUGCCCUCGCUGGCAUGAGCAUGGGACCUGGCCCAACCCCUGAGAACAUUGAUCUCAUGCUUGGUAACGUCGAUGAAGAUGACUUCAGCUUCAGCGCCAUCGAGCACUUUGGCGCGACAAACGCCGGGGGCAUUGAUCUUCCCGCGCUGACAGGCAACGCCAUUGCCAACUCCGAGAUGCCCACUGGCACGGAUUUCCCCACGGACUUUUGGGAAACACCAGAGUAUCCGUGUGGUCACUGCAUCAUGGGCGGUCACGUCUGCAAAAAGAUCCGAGAGGGCCGUUACAAAGGCUACUGCACAAGCUGCAUUGCGCUCAGCAUCGAGUGCAGCUUCGUCAGCAUGAUGUCUGGUCCACAGCCAGGCUCCGUUCAGGAAGGCUUCCCCAUCAACCCGUGGCCUACCAUUGGGGCCGAGCAUACCAUGAACGACCCCAAGGAGCAUCCGCUACAUCGGUCACUGAGCACUCAGUCUUCAUCCACCGACUUGGCCAAUCUGAGCACUGCCGAAGAGACCAACUUCUUCGCACCCAAGCCCGACGGUGCUCCACCCAAGAUUGGCGCUCGAUUCUCCCGGGAGUCUGUGAGGAUCCUCAAGACAUGGUUGACUACCCACAACAGGCACCCUUAUCCCAGCGAUGAGGAAAAGGAGAUGCUGCAACGAAAGACGGGCCUCAGCAAGACACAAAUCACGAACUGGCUGGCCAACGCUCGUCGCAGAGGCAAAGUGCAGGGACCGCGGGCGACCUCACCUCACCCCAGCAACCUAUCUCGUGGCAUUGACAUCCCCCAACGCCGUGGCACGCCCGCUCUCGAAAGUAUGAACCCCCUGCAGCGUUGGGCACACUCGCCUCCUGAGCACGAACCUGCAUCGGUCAGCGCCAUUGCCCGCGCUGUGACAGCGUCGUCCUCUGCUGUAUCUUCCGGGCUGAACAGCCCGUUCUCGCACCCUUACACCGACGAUGGCUCCAGUCGGUCACUCUGCAAUCAAUCUUCGGCCAGCAGUUUCGGCACCUCGCACUCCAGCAAUGGAUCAUCUGCGUACUCCCAUGGGUCUCGCAAUUCCUUUGGCUCUUUUGGCUCGGCACCUUUCAACAACCGCGGACGCCGCCGACGUCGCAGGAGGGCCACCCCUAGCAAAGGACUGAACAACCAGACGGAGCUGGGCGCUCCUCUCAAGACCUUCCAGUGUACUUUCUGUACAGAGACAUUCCGGACGAAGCACGAUUGGCAGCGGCAUGAGAAAUCACUGCACUUGUCGCUCGAGCGGUGGGUGUGCGCGCCUCACGGCUCACGCGCCGUGUGCCCCGACACAAACCAGCUUUCCUGCGUCUACUGUGGCCAGCCGAACCCUGACGAUGAGCACCUGGAGAGUCAUAACCACUCGACCUGUCAAGAACGGACGCUCGAGGAGCGGACCUUUUACCGGAAAGACCAUCUCAACCAGCAUCUGCGCCUCGUGCACAACGUCAAGUUCAUGGAUUGGGCGAUGAAGUCAUGGAAGGUGGCGACGCCGGAGAUCAGGUCGCGCUGUGGUUUCUGCGGCGAGAUCAUGGACACGUGGUCGUACCGGGUGGACCACCUGGCAGAGCACUUCAAGACGGGUUUAUCCAUGGCGGACUGGAAGGGUGACUGGGGUUUCGAGAACCCGGUGCUCGAGCAUGUCGAGAACUCGAUCCCUCCAUAUCUUAUUCAUCAUGAGCGCACAUCUCCAUUCCCGUACAUGGCCACUGGCUCCGCGCCCGAGACACCGCGAAACGCCUACGAGCUUAUCAAGCUCGAGCUUGCUUUCUUCGACAGCAACCAUCGCGAGCAGCACGGACGGUCCCCGACAGACGAGGAGAUGGCGGUCGAAGGCAUGCGUAUUAUUUUCGCCAGCGAAAUCUUGUCUUUGCAGGGCAUCGCAACACAGGUCUCUUGGCUGCGUGAUCUCAUCUUCAAGGACGACAGCCUGAUGAAAAAGGCUCGUUUCGGUCCCCUGCGUGGUGCGACUGAGAACAGGCUGGAGACACUCAAGAUUAACGGCAAGGACAAUUUAUUCGAGCAGUGCCCGAUGGAGUUCCAGCUGCACGAGUUUGUCAGGGCCAAGAGGUUACUGGGGUUAACCGCCAUGGACGACGAGCUGCAGGAGGAGGCCUGCCGCAUUGUCGGACGUGUGGAAGAAGUAUCGACUCAUCCAUCCGACAUUGUGGCCAACUGGGUGCUGAGAAUGAUCGUGUCCUCGACAAACUGGCUCGCUCCGUUCAGACGGCGUGCGCACCUGCCACGGUCAGACGAUAUCAAGGAUAUGCUCAUCCGGUCUACGGACCCCACGGUGAUCGACUCGACCAUCCACAACUAUACGAGGUUAGAAAGAGAGCUAUCGGACUACAUGCGAACACAGCGCGCGGCUGGUAUCGAGCUCUCGGACGAGGCACUGCAGCGUCAGGCGCGUAUCAUCAUCUACGAAUUCGACGAUGGCUGGAACCAGACCGCCGCCGACAAUGUGACAUGGCUCGAGGCGUUCAAGUCUCGCCACUCUGCCGAGCCAAAGCCAAAGCCGACGGACAGCUCGCCUGCGUUUUCGCUACCCCAGACAACUGCAUCUCUAACCGGCACCACGCCCUUCGCCAGCGGCACCGCCACCACAGUUUCACCUGCGACUGCCAUGAGUGGUCCGUCGAUCCUGGAUGCAGACGGCAACAUGUCCAAGUUGAACCUCUUCUAUCUCAACGAAGCCAACUGCUACCGCCGUCUCUCGCGCGACCUUGCCCGCUGGGUGGCCGCGACCAUGUCCCCCAACAAUCCUGCCCGGCACGUCCCUACCGACGCCGAGAUACAGCACCAAGCGCGCUGGAUCCUCUACGACGAGGAUGACCCGUGGAACUACACCCAUGCCGACAGCGAAGAGUGGCUGACCCGGUUCAAGCGUGCCACUGGCAUACUGCAGGACGGCGGGCCCCUACUGGCCGAAGCUGGUCCGCUGCCGCUGGGCUCGAAGAACGAGCCAGCAGGAGCAUGA